AUGAAGGUCUGCAAAGGACGUCACAAGGAGACGAGGACCAAAAGGAGGACUGGAUACUUGAAGAGGAUUGGAUACUGGAACUACUAUAGAGGAACAAAUCCCAAUUGCCUCCGUCUGUCUCCAAGGAAGGAAGAAGACUUCGAAAUCCACAAGAGAAGAAUCGAAGCUUCCUUCAGCUUCUCAAACCAACCAUCAGCACCAUGCGUGUUUGAUUCAGCCUCUCGACAACAGAGCCUUCCUCCAAGGACUGAGGGAAAGAGGAGGAAAGAAGCAAGAAGGAAGAAAAGACUGGACCGGGAAGAAGACUGGAUACAGGAAGAAAGACUUGGACUCAGGAAGAAGAACUUGGACUCAGGAAGAAGACUAAGAUACCAGGGAAGAAGACUGGACACAGCAAGAAAGACUGGACACAGGAAGAAAGACUGGACACAGGAAAAGAGCUGCGAUACCAGGAGGAAGAAACUGGACCACCAGGAAGAAGAUUGGAUACCAGGGGAAGGAAAAAGACUGGAGGACAACCAGGGAAGAAGAAGCUGGACCACAGGAAGAAGGGACUGGACACAGGAAGAAGAUUGGAUACAGGAAACGAAGCUGGACACAGGAAGAAGACUGGAUACACGGAAGAAGGACUGGACUAACAGGAAGAAGAUUGGAUACUCAGGAAGAAGACUAGACACCAGGAAGAAGACUGGACAACAGGAACGACAAGAACUGGACACAGAAAGAAGAUUGGAUACAGGAAGAAAAAGACUGGACACAGGAAGAAGAAUUGGAUACAGGAAAGAAAGAAGACAGAUACAGGAAGAAGACGGACACAAGGAAGAAGACUGGAUACAGGGAAGAAGACUGGAUACAAGGAAGAAAUUGGACAAGGAAGAAGAUUGUGUACAGGAAGAAGACUGGACACAGGAAGAAGAUUGUAUACAGGAAGAAGACUGGACACAGGAAGAAGACUGGAUACAGGAAGAAGACAAAAGAUGGACACAGAGAAGACUAGAUACAGGAAGAAGACUGACACAGCAAGAAGACUGGACACAAGGAGGAGACCAAAAAGCGGAAAAUAGAGAGAUAGAGAAAAACAAGAAGAAGAUGACACCGAAAGAAAGGACUGGACACAAGGAGGCGACCAAAAAGCGGAAAAUAAAUGAGAUAGAGAGAAACAAGAAAACCACAUAUACAGUAAGUCCCCUGUCCCUAGUCACCCUCCAACCCCUAGCCCCACCCCCACCCCCACCUCAUAAAGGUGUCAACGUACAGACGGCCAACGAAGAAUUGGCGUAG